UUCAUCCCCGUAACAGCUUCUAGGCUGCCAUUGGAGAGCCCGCUGGCGAGAGCGAGCAGCAGGAGCAGGACGCAGGAGAUAAACGCAGCCAAUCCGCUGACGAAGCAACGCAGUGUCCGCCGCCUCGGCCGAUGUAACCAGACAGCUUAUGCUGGAGAUAGAAAUAAAUAACACAUUAGAAACUUCGCUAUUUUAAUAAAAAAAAAAAAAGGCACGGAGGAAGGCGAGAAAAAAAUGGGGCACACCGCAAUUCCCAUCCUGGUGGCUGUAUUGUCCUACUGCGUGUUGGAAAACGUCGAGGCUCUUGCCAUGGCCGAAGUGAACGGGCCGGGCCCCCAGCUGGCAGAGCCACAGAUCGCCAUGUUCUGCGGCCGACAGCUCCUGCACAUGAACAUACAGACCGGCCAGUGGGAGCCAGACCCUCAGGGCCGUCAGGGCUGCUUCAAAGAGCCCAACGAAAUCCUGUCUUACUGUCAGGAGAUGUACCCAGCGCUUCCAAUCUCUCACAUAGAGGAGUCUAAAAGACCCGUCACCAUCACCGCCUGGUGUAAGAGAGGAUUGGGCCACUGUCAGACGCACCCCUUCAUCGUCCUGCCCUACCGCUGUCUGGAAGGCGAGUAUGUGAGCGAGGCUCUGCUGGUGCCCGACAGAUGCCGCUUUCUCCACCAGGAGCAGAUGAACAUCUGCGAGAGUUACGUCUACUGGCACAACAUUGCAAAAGAGGAGUGCACCGCAGAGAACCUGGAGCUCCACAGCUACGGGAUGCUGCUGCCAUGCGGGGAUCACUUCCGAGGCGUUGAGUACGUCUGCUGCCCGGGCAGGAGCAGCUCGACUGGGAAAGAAGAGACAGAAGAAAAGGACAUCCCACAGACGCUCGCGUCCCAGGCUGCUGUAAAGCUCAGCUCUGUCACCAAGGCGACGGCCCCGACGCCAAGCCCCUCUCCGGACACGGACAUGGAAGAGGUCGACAUGGAGGAGGAGGAGGAUGAAGUGGUGGAGGAAGAUGAGGAGGAGGAAGAGGACAACUUUGAUGAGGACGAAGCAGAAGAAGAGGAAGAAGAAGAAGAAGAAGAGGAGACAACACCUGCGAAGGACCGCGAGGAGUACGAAUACAAUUUUGAGUUAGGUUCUGACCAGACACCUGACUACUUGGACUCCUUUUACUACGACAAAGGCCACAAACCCACCACCUCGGCAUCUCUGGUCAAGGGAGAAAGCUUUACCACAACUCGGCCCACUGAUGGGGUUGACGUUUACUUUGAGAAGCCUGUGGAUGACACGGAGCACGCUAACUUCCUGCGCGCCAAAACGGACCUGGAGGAGCGCCGGAUGAAGCGCAUCAAUGAGAUCAUGAAGGAGUGGGCGGAGGCCGACAACCAGUCCAAGAACCUGCCAAAGACAGAGCGACAGGCCUUGAACGAGCACUUCCAGUCUGUCCUGCAGACAUUGGAGGAACAGGUCGCCGGGGAGAGGCAGAGGCUGGUGGAGACUCAUCUCGCCAGAGUCGAAGCCAUUCUGAAUAACAACCGCCGCCUAGCCUUGGAAAACUACCUGACGGCUGUGCAAUCUGAUCCCCCUCAGCCUGAGCGUGUGCUGCAGGCACUGAAGCGGUACAUGGCCGCAGAGCAGAAGGACCGCAGACACACUCUGAGGCACUACCAGCAUAUCGUGGCUGUCGACCCACAGAAAGCUGAGCAGAUGAAAUUCCAGGUGUACACACAUCUCCAUGUUAUUGAGGAGAGGAUGAACCAGAGUCUUGCUUUGCUUUACAAGGAUCCAACACUAGCUGAGGAGCUACACAGCGACAUUCAGGAGCUUGUUAAGGCAGAGCGAGGUGACAUCAGCGAGCUCAUGACCACUUCCUUCUCUGAGACUCGCACCACUGAAGAGCUCGUACCGGCUGAGAGUGAGGAAGAGAAGGAUGAUGAAGAGGAGGAGGAGAGGGCCUUCCAAAACCGCCCUUAUCCUCCUCGCAUCGAUCUACAGUCUAAUAAGAAAGAGGAUGAGUUUGACUAUACCACAUUUGAGAUAGGCCCUACGUAUGACUAUGAGGACAAGAUUAACAUCUCUGCUGAGCUGAAACAGGUGGUUAAGCCCAAUGAAAUUGCAAGAGAUGAACUGCAACCCGAUGCCCUGGAGACGUUUAAUCGUGGUGCCAUGGUUGGCCUGCUGGUAGUGGCUGUGGCAAUUGCCAUGGUGAUGGUUAUCAGCCUGCUGUUGGUGCGCAGAAAGCCCUACGGCACAAUUAGCCAUGGCAUUGUUGAGCAGGUCGAUCCUAUGUUGACACCGGAGGAAAGGCAGCUCAACAAAAUGCAAAACCAUGGCUACGAGAACCCCACCUACAAGUUCUUUGAGCAGAUGAACUGAAGCACUGGAUGAAUGCUACCAGCAAGUCAUGCCUGACCACUUGUUAUGUCAUCGUCGUCCCCCCCUCCCCACUUGUCCUAAAAGUGGUGUCCCAGCUGCACUUCCUGUGACGGAUUUAUGAUGUGUUGCAUAUUUAAAUUAACUGAUAAAGUACUAGGGUGCUUCCCCAUAGCCAGUUAAUCACAUCAUAAUGUGAUUAACCUGAUAUAAUACAACUCUAUAAAGCUCAUUGUAGUCAAAUAUUCCUUUUGGGUAGGCAGAGCUACAACAUUUCAUAACUGUGGAGACCAUCCACCUUAUCUCCAUGGCAUGACUUGCCCUACUGCUCCUCAACAGAAACAGAAUUUUGAAUGGUGCAUAAUGCUUUAUUAUUAGUAUUUAUUUUUCAUUAGUAGUGUUUUUUCGUUGACAUUGUUACACGGUUAGAUUUAUCUGUGUAGGUGAGUGUGAAUGGCAGCCUAGCCGAUAUUCAAGUUUAAAGCGUACCUGCACGAGUUACUAUGACAACUGUAGGCAAAGAUGUGGAAGUUUCGAAUGUAUGAGACAAACAGGUUUCAAUUUAAAUAACACAGAAAACACAAAGUAGCACAGAAACACUGUAUGUGCUGGCGGUACAUAAAAAAUUUAGACUUAUAAAUAAGAAUCAUUUGGCAAAAUAUACCCGAAAUAUCAUUUAGCCAUUUUAUUUUUUGUUAUUGUCCGGCUUUUGAAAAGAGCUGUACUACAGAGUAAUCCGAAGUCUGUUAUUUUACUGAAAGCAUGACAACUUUGGUGUAUGAUGCUGCAGUAUUUAUUUGUGUUGUUCCUGUCAUUGCUUUUGAAGAGUCAAAAAUGUUCCAAACGGACACUGUAAAUAACGUAAGAAGUACCUGCUACUAGAUGUAGACAUUUCUCUGGUUAAUUUGCAUCGGUGUAAUGGAAAAAUAAGUUUAAAAAAAAAGGAAAUAAUAAACACAUUGUGCUGUUAUGAGAAGGAGAAACAUUUUCCUAACAUGGCUGAUUGAAAACGGACUGUUGUAAAAACCAGCACAAGACAAUGACACAGCAACUACUUUCUGAAUGUAUUCAAGGUAGACGUUGAGAUUCCUCCCCCUCUUUUACUUUUAAUGCAUCACUCCCCCUGUAGUAAACGUCAGUAGGAGUAGCGCACUUCGACACAUUUGAGGGGCAACUUCCCCCCAGUGCCCUCGUCAUUUCUUUGUGUAACAGCCUGUUUAUUUCCAUGCUUGAGCAGAAAGAUCAUUCGAAACGAAUCCUGCACAGAGCGACUAAGUGUAAACAAAAGGGCACAGCUAUGGUAUUGGGUCACCAUAUGAAGUCACAGCUAGACAAAUAGACAUUCUGGCAUGAUAGUCAUACUGGUCAAUUUGACCUAAUAAAACUCAUCAACACUGUAUAAUACUAGUCUUUAGAAGCUUUAUCUAGGUAUCCUCAUAGAGGAGGAUUCUUUCGAAUGAAUGACUCAUUGUAGUGUUUCAUGUUUGUGACCAACAUGCUACCCUAAAUAGGCGAGUCAAAAAAGGGAUUGCCCCCUUUAAAUUCUGACUAACUGUUUACGGCUUAGUGUGUUGGAUUGAUUUCCUUUAGCCUCUGAAGUUGAUUAUUGGUCACCUUGAUUAGAAAAGGUCACACUGUGGAGUUUAUCAGUCUUUAACAAUAUGCUUUAGCACAAAUUUGACCAUAUUUGUUUAAGUCUGCUGGCAGUUUUGCAUAAAGGUCCUCAAGAAGGUGUCUGUGUGUGUGUGCAUGGGUGUGUGCGUGAGCAGGGGGGUAGUUUUCUUUUUGUUGUGUUUUCUUGGAAAAAGAAAUUGCCAUAAUUUUGUUUGUCUCGUCAGAUGGGUUAAAAAGCGGGUUGUGGUCGUGUUAUGACCAGAUAAGAGAAGUCACAGCCCCAUGUAUAAAGUGUACAGCUCCGUUAGUGAAUGAAAACAUUGUAUGUUCACAGUUUAAGUCAGUCAAUCUUGUAAUGAUACUACUGAAACCAUAGAUGAGAAUAAGCUUGCCUGUGUUUCCCAAACCACCGAAGGUUUCCUACCAGCAUUUAGCAAAACUCAACAUGGUGUAUACUCUAGUUACUCAAGUCACAUUUGUACUGAAACAUCUUGAUUCAGAUUCUAGACUUCUUCGUUGGUCCUUCCCCUUUAUUCCCUGGUAAAAUAUAAACUAUGUUAUUGAGGUUUUAAUGGCUGCAUUAUUGCCUUUUACAAUGCUGUGUUUUGGAUGUAACUAUUCUGUAUUUUUUAUUUAUUAUGUAACAAACCGUUGGAUCAAGGGUCAUGCAUUUCACAUGGAAUAACAAGAAGCAUGUAUAAAAAAAAAAGACAAUGCUGAGGAAAUGUGAAUCCAAAUUGACAUGCAGUGGCAUCAAGCACAACCAAAUUGUCAGUUUUUGUAAAAGGCUGCAGGAUGUAAAACUGUUGAAACUACGUAAAUUUAUACCCAAGGAUAUUGUUACUGCUGCUGAAAGAGCUGUUCUUCAUUUUCAUUAAGACCUUUAACCAAAGACAUGCUCCAUGACUUCUUGAAACAGAUUUCUUUAUUUGGCAAAGUGUUCCUGUGUAACUGUACUGUAAACAAUCUGGCAAAUGAAAACUGGUUUAGUUCAUUAAAAAGUGUAAUAAAAGUGAAUGACCCCUUAAGAAUCA